AAUCAACGACUCUGUCAACUCCACUACUUUUCCCCUAAUCCAUCAUCACCCCCCAAAUACAAUACAAUCAUCAUCCUCCUCCUGUAUCUCAACAAAAUGCUCUGUUUUCUCUCUCUCCUCCUCUUCACCCUCUCUCUCACCCCCAUCUCCCUCUCCCAACCCCCUCCCCCUAGAGCCCUCCUCAUCAACUGCGGCGCUACCACCGAAACCAUCAUCUCCGGCCGCCUAUGGCUCCCGGACACCGACUUCAUCACCACCGGCACCCGUAUAAACUUCACACAAAACGUCCUACAUCCCACCCUCUCCACCGUCCGAUCAUUUCCUCUUCUACCCCAGAGAAAGUUUUGCUACGUUGUUCCGGUUUACAGGACCGGGAAGUAUCUGGUUCGGACGAGUUAUUAUUAUUAUGGUGGUUCCGGUGAGGGUGAACUGCCGCCUGUGUUUGAUCAGAUUGUUGAUGGGAGUUUCUGGAGUGUGGUUAAUACGACUGAGGAUUAUGGGAGAGGAGAUGCGUCUUAUUAUGAAGGGGUGUUUCGGGCGACUGGGAAGUCGAUGAGCGUUUGUUUGGCGUCGAAUGUGUAUACGACAUCUGACCCGUUUAUAUCCGGGUUAGAGUUUGUGUUGUUGGGUGAGUCGUUGUAUAAUUCGACGGAUUUUGGUAAUUCUAGUCUUCGGUUGGUUGCCAGGCAUAGCUUUGGGUAUAAUGGAUCGAUGAUCAGUUAUCCAGAUGAUCAAUUUGACCGUUAUUGGGAGCCAUAUGGUGAAAACACUCCUACAGUAUCAAAAGGCACAAACGUAUCGAUCGAUGGGUUCUGGAACCUUCCUCCACGGAAGGUGUUUCAGACGCAGUGGACGGUCAACCAACCGAGGUCCAUGGAGAUUCCCUGGCCUCUUGAACCUCUCAGGAGCUCGGUUUACUACAUUGCGCUCUACUUUGCAGAAGACACAGGGGCAUCAUCAAGAACAUUUAACAUUACUAUAAAUAAUGUUACAUUUUAUGAUAAUCUAAGGGUUCCUCCAACUGGUAUUGCUUUGUUUGCCAACCGAUGGCCGCUUUCAGGUCUUACAAAGAUUGUUUUAACUCCUGCAAGCGGAUCAACUCUCGGCCCUUUGAUUAAUGGCGGAGAGAUAUUUGAAGUGAUUCCAGUUGGUGGAAGAACUCACACGCGAGAUUUGAUUGGCUUGAAUGGUUUGAAGAACGGCUUUCAGAACCCUCCGUUCGAUUGGAAUGGUGAUCCUUGUUUACCCAAGGAAAGCUCAUGGACUGGAGUUACAUGCUCUAAUGGAUCUAAUAUUCGCGUGACUGGAUUAAACCUUACAGGCAUGAACCUUUUGGGAUCUCUGUCGCCCAACGUUGCGAAUUUGACUGCAUUGAGUGACCUAUGGCUUGGUAACAAUAACUUAUCUGGAUCUAUUCCUGAUCUCAGUACAUUGAGGAUGUUAAAGACUGUACAUUUGGAGGACAACCGUUUUAAUGGACCAUUUCCGUCGUCUUUGGCAAACAUUGAUAGAUUGCAGGAACUAUACUUGCAAAGCAAUAAUUUGACGGGUCAGGUUCCAAGCAGCCUCAAAGCGAAACUCGGAUCAAACUUAAGGGUUGACCCACAAAAUUCUUAAGCUAUACAAGAGUUUUCACCAAACCACAAGGUGGUGUCACUCAAGUUUUUUUAUUAUACUUUUUGGUUCCAAAUUUCUUAAUUGGUUAAAUGUUUAUGUAAGUGAAGAAAAAUUGUUUGUAUUUAGUCAAGAAAAAUUGUUUAUCAUACUUUUUGGUUCCAAA